GAAAGAUAGGAAAGUGACAAAUUGGGCUAUCUUUUGGUAUUUUAAAUACGCUUGCAAAGGUUAGAAUACAUUAAAAGUGUAUAAGAGGAUUUUAUGAUAUGCAGGAUCCACGAACAAGUGCCUCGAAAACCAGUUUAUACAGAAGGAGCGUUCAAAAAGUUAAAGCCAGAGCCGGGCGGGACGAGUAGUACGGGCACCUCGGGAGCCACGUCGGCGCUAUCCCCCGCGCUGGGGCCCCAGCACGCGGGCCACACGCCCACCACGGCCUCGUGUCCCACCCCGGCGAGGAGAAGGCAUCGAACUACGUUUACACAGGAACAAUUAGCAGAAUUAGAAGCAGCAUUCGCGAAAUCACAUUACCCCGACAUCUACUGUAGAGAGGAACUGGCGCGGACGACGAAACUCAACGAGGCAAGGAUACAGGUAUGGUUUCAAAAUCGGCGAGCGAAAUACCGUAAGCAAGAGAAACAGCUACAAAAGGCGUUGGCGCCGGCGGUGUUGCCCGGCUGCAACGGCAUGAUGCGCAACAUACAAGGCUACAGAGGCUACCAGCCUUACCCGCACCCGAACACCAUUAACCGGUAUCCACAGCACCACGGCAGCUACGAAGAGCUGCAAAAGGACAUAUUCUCGCUGUCGCAAAUGGGCGGCGGCUCAUACCCGAUGCCGCAAGGGUUCUCCAUGGGCCACGGGGCCAACAUGAGCGCCGUCGGCAUGCGGCAAGAUACUAUGGGCAUGAGUGCGGAAGACGAAUGGUACAACAAGUCGCUGUCAGCUCUUCGCAUGAACAGCGGCCACCACGCGAACCUAGCGGCCGCGCCCAUGCUGCAGUACCAGACCUAAUCGCUGCUGCACGGCGCCGACUACUCGGCGCCGGGACACGACUACGCGCCCCCGUAGUCGCGUGACGACUGACGACUCAUGAGUCGUCACGUUUAGUUCGUAGUCAGAUGACUACGGAGUCGUCCUGUCUUAGGUACGUGACAACUGAACUAUGGUUAUGGUAGUGAUGUGGGCUGUAUAGAAUGAACUUUGAGCAUUCUUUCUGGGUAUUGUAAUAACCGGAAUGGAGUUUCGACAAGUGAUAUGUUUUAAGAGCGGUAAUGGUUCGGUUUAUCUGACUAUAUAACGUUUAUACAUUUUGAAAAUCAUUCCCUCAUGUAUGAACGACAUAAAAAACAAAUCUAACGCUUUGUGUCUGUGUUAAACGGUUUCUUUUGUGAACUCUGAAAAUGUUGAUUGAAUAUAUUUUCCAUUACAUUUAUAUUCCAGUGCUAUGUUUUUCCAUUAAUAUAUUAUACUAAAUAAAAUUUAAAUUUGUGCUGAUAACUACAAACAACGCGCAUUGUGCGCACAACACAAGUAAAUAACAUUAAUAUUUAAUGAACAUAUAUAUCAUAAAAAAUAUAAAACGUCAAGUAAUUAAAAAAAACUAUGAUGGAGAAAAAUCAAGCCACUAAUGCUCGAUACACGUAUAUCGAAGUCAAAAUCUAUGCAACUGACUUUAAUGGAUAUACCUAAUGUUACUCGAUAAAAGUUCGAGAAACAACCAAAAUUCUAUAAUUAAGUCGACACGCAAUUGAUGUGUUUAGAUAUUAUAAAUAGGUACAAAUAGGUUUUUAAUUUAUUAUAAGAAAUGUUUGUUUCAUGAUAUGCGUAAAUUGUGUAUGCUAGUAAUAUUGUACAGAAGUUUUAAAUCAAUUAAGUGAUAAGUAUUUUCUUGAUUGUUAUAUUAAUUGAGAUAAAUACAUACAUAUGUGCAAGAAUCUAUAUCGAUGACAACCCUAUUUUAAAACAAUCUAAAAUAGUGUAAUGCACAUCGCUUUGGUUGUUAGAAACAUUUAUAAA